AUGACGUCAGAAUGUCGUCUGUCUGCAGUGUUGUGUGGGGUGCCUGCCCUGGGACGGAUCGUGGGCGGUGCUAAUGCUCAAAAUGGACAGUGGCCGUGGCAGGCCAACCUGAACUUCAAUCGUCAUCAUGCCUGUGGGGCAACCGUCAUUGCCCCCCAGUGGUUGGUUUCAGCUGCACAUUGCUUCCCAAAGGUGAAUGAUAUCUCAUUGUAUGAGGUGACCCUGGGGUCGUACCAGCUGAACAACCCCCCUCCAGACAUCCAAGUGAGGUUGAUAGAAGAAGUGAUUAAACAUCCCGAUUUCAAUGAAGACGAAGGCUCUCAAGGCGACAUUGCGCUGGUGAAGCUUAAAGAACCAGUUCCGUAUUCUCGGACCGUAAGGCCGAUCUGCCUGCCUGCCUCUUCGGUCAACUUCCCUCAAGGCAUGACGUGCACCGUCACCGGCUGGGGGAAUGUCCAUGAAGCUAGUAAGGACAAAAGAUUUCUCAUCUAG